AUGUUUAGAACUCUGAUCCAGGGCUGGAAGAGGCUCCCAAGCCCUGUGGCUUCACUCUCUGUGAGAAGCACCAGUAAUGAAGCAAACUACAGGCCCAAACUGGCCAACAAAGUUGCUGUGGUUACAGGGUCCACAAACGGGAUUGGUUUCUCCAUUGCUCAGCGUCUGGCCCGGGAUGGGGCCCACGUGGUUCUUAGCAGCCGGAAGCAGCAGAAUGUGGACUGUGCAGUGGCCAUGCUAAAGGCGGAGGGACUGAGUGUGACAGGCACUGUGUGUCACGUAGGGAAAGCAGAAGAUCGAGAGCAGCUGGUGGCCACGGCCCUGGAACACUGUGGGGGUGUGGACUUCCUGGUGUGUGUCGCAGGGGUUAACCCCUUGGUAGGAAGUACCUUAAAGAGCAGUGAACAGAUCUGGGACAAGAUCCUGAGUGUGAAUGUGAAGGCCCCAGCCCUGCUGCUGAGCCAGCUGCUGCCCCAUAUGGAAAACAGGGGACAAGGUUCGGUGGUCCUGGUGUCCUCAGUUACAGCCUAUGUACCAAUUCCUAGACUGGGGGUCUACAAUGUCAGUAAAACAGCCCUACUGGGACUAACCAAGACUCUGGCAGUGGAGCUAGCACCAAAGAACAUCCGUGUGAACUGCCUAGUACCAGGAAUCAUCAACACAGACUUCGGCCGAGUGGUGAGGACCAAGGGCAGGAAGCAGAGCUAGCCACUAAGUACUGGGGUGUCACUGUUUCAGCCUCAUCUCCUCUCUCCACACAGAGUGGGUCAGCCUGAGGACUGUGCAGGACUCGUGUCUUUCCUCUGCUCCCCGGAGGCCAGCUAUAUCACUGGUGAGAACAUUGCUGUAGCUGGCUGGUCCCCCCACCUCUGA